CUCCGGCCGCGCCUGACGUCACUUCCGGCGCGUCCCGUGAGGGGCCCCGGGAUGGGGCGAGGGGAGGUCGUUCCUGCCUGAUCCGGCUCUGCCAAAUCCAGCUCAGCACCAUGGCCACCUCGGAGUGGCUCCGUUUCUUCGAGGACGCCGGGAUCCCCCCGGGCCCUGCCCUGGGCUACGCCGUGGCCUUCGUGGACAACAGGAUCCACAAGAACAUGCUGCUGGACCUGACCAGGGAGCUGAUGAAGGAGCUGGGCAUCACCGUGGUGGGCGACGUCAUCGCCAUCCUGCGCCACGCCAAGGUGGUGCACAGGCAGGAGAUGUGCCGGGCGGCCUCGCAGUCGCUGCAGCCGGAGCCUGCGGGGGGAUCCCGGCGGGAUCCACUGGAUCACCAAUGGGAUCAUGAACAGGAUCCCGACCGGGAUCGUCCCCAGGACCCCCCCCGGGCUCACAGGGACCCCCCGGACCCCCCCCGGGCCCGCAGGGACCCCCAGGAUCACCCCCGGGAUCCCACGCGGGCCCCGGUUGGCGCCGCGGGCAGGAUGAUCGCCAAGAGCCUGAGCCGGGAGCCCCCCCGGAACCCCCCCGGCGCCGGCAUCUCCGUCACCGUCCCCAACGGCGCCGGUGGAUCCGGUGCCGAGGCUGUGCCGGCGCUGCCCAGGCGGCGCCGGGUGACGGCCGAGGCCGAGGGCAAGUACGUGAUCUCGCUGCCCAAGGGCACCACGGCCCGCAGCCGCCACAUCCUGCGCCUGCACGCCGCCCGAGGGCUGGGCCGUCCCUCGGUGUUCGAGCGCCUCGGGGCCGAGGCCAAAGCGGCCGCAGCCGCCGGAGCCAAGCCCUCGGGCGUGUUCAGCCGCCUGGGCGCCGCCCCGGAGGGCCCUGAUGGCACAGCCGAUCCCAGCGCGGGGGAUCCGGCGGAUCCCGAGGCGCUGCCCUACGCCGGCGUGCUCAAGAAGCGCCGGGAAUGUUCCGGAACGGCCACGACGACGAUGGCGGCGCAGGACGGGGCCGUGUCCAGCUCGGGGGGCGGGGCCUGGGGGUGUGGCCAGGUCAGCAGCUCCUCCCGCAGCGUCUUCCGCAGGCUGGGCCGGAAACCCGACUGAGGGAUCGGCCGGGAUCCACCGGGAUCGGCUGGGAUCCACCGGGACUGACAGCAAGAACUG